CUUCCCUUCAAAUAUUUCGGAGGAAAUGGCGUGCAAAGUUGGCUGAUCAAAACAAUGAUACCGAAACGUCCUUAACAAAAAUGGCGUAGGCCAUUGUCAGGUCAACAUAUGCCUUUUCCCCAGUGACCAUGGCAGAGGGAGGAAUCGGUUCGUGGGACGAUGGUCUCCUCUUCAGCGAUGAUGACCUCUUCUCGGAGGGUCCAGGAGGAAAUAUUGGACACCGCCAACAUCUGCAACCUUUCCGGUUUGAAGCAAGUACUCCGUCUCCGUCACAAGGGCACGGAAAUGGAGGUUAUCGUAACAGGAAUUCCAGUGCUUCAUUACCACCAACUGAACUGUUAGACAACGCAACUGGGGAAGAAAAGGAAUCAAGACUUGAAGACAACUCUGUGGCAUCAGAAAUGCCGAGUAGUUUGAGCGGUUCUGAAAUCACAGACUGCCCAAUUUGUCUGGACACACUGGAACGCCCGAAAGCUUUACCUUGCCUACAUACCUUCUGUUUUGAUUGUCUUGGUUCUUUUAUAGAGGAGAAGGCUACGAAAUCUGGGUUCUUGUUACCCAUCAGAAGUUUUCCUUGUCCGAUCUGUAGACGAGAUAGUUCACCAAUUGAUCCUACUAAACCCCACACAGACUGGUCUAACCAGUUUCCUACCAACAAUAUUAUGCUGGAGUUGAUCAGAAUCGGACGUUUACCGGAAUACCCCAUACACAAUGCAAAGCAGUCAAACAAGCCCAAAUCAAAGUCCAAGGGUAAGGCGAAACCUCCUGAAAACAAAUAUUGUAGAAACUGCCAAAUAUUUAACAGAAAAACUGUGAAAGCAAACUUACAUUGUGAGCAGUGCUCAGUUAACCUCUGUGAAACCUGUGAUAGUGUUUUGCAUCUACAUGCUCCCGAUCACACACGUGUUUAUGUUGAUGCUGAACAGUCAGAAUUAAAAAUAGAAUUAUCUCCCCUGGUGACUGUAGAUCAAAGACAUUUUUACCAUUCGCGAUUAGUAUGCAGGCGGCAUGGUGGAAAGUUUGACUGUUUCUGUAUGUCGCAUAAGGUCCCGAUAUGUGUCGAUUGCAUGAAAGAAGAACAUUCGACAUGCGAUGGAGUUCACACAUUCAGGGAAUACUCGCGGAUCUUAAAGCGAGAACGUUCUGAAUUGAAAACAACCAUUAAAAACAGCUUGUCAGCUAUGGAAGCCAUGCUUGGACUUUUCAAACAACACAUACAUGCAAUGUCUGAUGAUCGCGAAUCCAGCGUUGAGCACAUUCGCGACAUGCGGAAUGACAUCAAUAACCAUUUGGACGAAAUGGAAAAGGAGUUAAAAGAUCAGGUAUUAGAAGUUUCGAAAGGAGAGGAGCAAGUUUUACUUUCAGUCGCUGAGCGAUGCGAAAACGUAAACGACGGGUUAAAUCGUUCUUUAGUUAGACUGAAUGCUGCCCUCCAGGAUGGUGAUGAUCAAAAAAUCAUAUCGGCUGCGCUGUUUUGUCACGCCCAGAUACAACAGUGUGUAACAGUAGUGAAGGAGAUAUCGGGAUUCCACAGCUUGUCUCGUCUUUCAGUCCUGAUCAACCCUCUUUUAACAGCUGCGCUUGAUCUAGACACGUUCGGAGAGACAAACUUUGUACGGGAGAAAACCGACCUUCCGUCAUCUGUCCGGAAAUUACUUCCCUUUAAUGUCAGAAGCGCGCGUGAGAUCUUGCGAUACAAUGUUCGUACUCGUGAAGACCGGUUUCCGUGCGGAAUAACCAGUGCCUUGUACCUGCCAAAUAAUCAGGUCAUCUUGAUCGACUUCCCGAACAAAGCCGUAAAGCUGUUCUCGGAUUAUGGCCAUCUCGUCAUGCAGGUCCGACUAUCAAGUGGUCCUUGGGACAUUUGUAGCGUUGAUGAUCUUACUUUUGCGGUCACAUUACCUUUUGAACAAAUCAUAGUAUUCAUUCAACGUGACCCCAUGACGUCCGCGUUAAUCAGAAUCCGCGACAUCCGGGUCAAAAAGUGCUGUUACGGUAUAACUUUAUUCAGAGGAGGACUAGUGAUUAGCUGUCCGUCAGAGUGCAAAGUCACCCUGUUCAAUGUUUUGGAAAUAGGUAAUAAAUGUCAGUUAACCCAAUUUUGUAAGUUACCGCUUCCAUGUUGGCAGCUAGUGACAAACAACUUUCAAAGGGAGGUUAUCAGCACUCAUGACACAGAAAAUGGCGGCAUAUUGAAGGUGUCUUCUCUCGAUAAAUUUUCAGAAAAAGCUUUUGGCCCAAACCUCGUCAAAGGACUUCGAGGAUGUGACGUAGAUAAAGAGGGAAAUGUAUACAUUUGUGGACGGAAGACCAGAAACAUCGUACAAGUGAGCCCUUCUUCCGGAAGUAGAGUGCUGCUUACUUUAGCGCAUGGUUUGAAAGAACCAUCGACGAUUGCUGUGCGCGAGGACAAAUUCUUAGUAGCGGAAGUGGCAAGCAGUGACGUCGGCAUAUAUGAACUGUUCUGAUUUUGUCAUUUGCUUUUCUCAAUCAUUUACGUAAUAAUUCAAUCAAAUCAUCCAAUAAUAUGAUACUGAAUGAAAUCGGUGUAUGAGAUAUACAAAUGUGCUUGGAGAAAGGAAUUAAUAUUUUUUUAAUGUUGUUGAGAUUUCAGAGCUGUACAAAUGACUUGCAUGUAAUUAGCAUUUAGCUUGCUAGGCCAUGAUAAAUCCUGAUAAAACACUAUUACAGAACAAAUCUGUCCGAACUACUUCAGAAUGAAAUGACUUUUGACAUGUUCAUAACCAGGGGCUGCUAUAUUUUCAUAAAUUCAACUUUAAAGGUAAGUGUCUUUCCCCGGUGACUUAAUUGUUUGUGUAAUGUUAUACCAUGAUUUUGUUAAAUCUAAGAACAUUUUUUUUUUUUUUUAAUUUUUGUAUGUUUAUUGAAUUUGUGAUGGUAUUUGGUGUACUGCUAGUAACAUAUUACCUGUUUAGUUCGUCCUAAAGGAAAACAAGUGCAUUUUUGUAUAAUCAGCAUUUCUAAUUAUGAUUAAUAAUGUUAACGUUUAAAUGGACAUCACGUGAAAGACUCACUUGAUAUGUUAAUGUAGAAUUUGAAGAAAAAAAAGGGAAAAAAUAUGCUUCACCAUGAUGUUGUUCAAGUACAAGAUUAAAUUCCAGAUAUCAAUUAUUUCCUGCAAUGCCUGACCCUCUGUUCUGAUAGCAAUGUGUUAUGAACGCUUACAAUUCGUCACGUGUUUACACAGUCCCAUACGUGUUGCAUUUCCUAUUUUAUACCACUAAUGAGUCCUAAAUGAACGAUAUGACCAUUUAGUGCAGUAAUUAGUGACAUUGUUUUGUUUUCUGCUUCGGCCUUCCAUAUUCUUGUUACACGUUCCGAUCUUUCCUAAUUGUUGUGAUUAUUUUGCAAAGUUAUUUGUGAUCUAAUUUAUUUGAUUUUCUUAUCAUGGUGUACGAUUUUGUAAAGAGGUAUUGUAUAUAUGUAUUUUGUUCAUCUCAAUGUUAUUAUGUUGAAGUUUCUAUAUAAUAGAUUUAUGGGGAAAAGUAUUUCUUUAUUAUGUAAAUAUCCAUUUUGGACAAUUGUAUAUACUAUUACUUAAUACUUUUGGUAGAAAUAAUACAUAUCUGUUUUUUCCUGAUACUAGUAAGAUAACAAGUUUUAGAGGUGCUGCUACAUUUGCUGUUAUUGAUGAUGGGCAUUGUAUUGAUUUUAUCAUGUGAUUUUUCCCCCUUUUUCUCCGGGUUGUUCAUAAGUUCAUUAUGGCAGCCAUUUGAAAAACUCUUUCAAAAUAAUUCCAGUUUUAAAGUUCUUAUUUGCCAAUUCAUCUGAAACUUGAUUACCAGUUUUUGUUCUGAAAAAAACGAUGUUAUUUUUCUGGUUAAUCAAAAAUGCUAUAUGGUCAACCUGUUGUAUUGAUGGUCUUGAUGAGGUGCUAUUUCUCACGUCAAUCAGAAAUUCGAAUGACAUAUUGAAAUAUGAUCGUGGAAUGUCAUUUGAAGAUUUGGAGCGAAGUGGAAAAUGGGCGAAUACUCUUUCUUUAAAUGAUCCAAAAAUGCUACGAUGAGAUGGUCUUCAUGAAUGGAAAGGUCCAAUGAGCAUUUUAAAUUUAUCAAAAAUGCGUUAAUUGUAUCACCAGAAAAUCAUUCUAUCCCCCUUAUUGAGUGGUCAGAUAAUAUAUAGUGUAGUUCACAUGGAAAUAAUGCUUUUGGAUAUGUUUUUUUCUUAUGUAUUAAAAAGCACUAGGAAGCAAAUUUAAAUUAUAUAUAUUGAGGCCUAGAGUCAACAAAAUCGACAAUUCCGUAAUUUUUUGGUUAACAAUUUGUAGAAAUGUUUAUUAAUAAAAUAAUAUAGAAAAU